AUGCACGGAACUGUCAAAGCUCUAAUUAUAGCCGCCGUUGCCUCCCAGGCAAGCGCCAACCCAGUUAAGCUGUUUGAGCGCCAAGAACCCAGCAGCUCAGCCUCCAUAUCAUCUGUUUCCAGCAGUUCGUCAAGUAGCUUUUUGACUUCAGUCGCUACAGCGACUGCUACUGCUACAGGGUCUUCUCCCGCUCCUGAACCUACUCUUCCUACGUUCCCUUUUCCAGGUUCUAAUGGGACGUACUACAUUUGCUCUUUCCCGUCGUCUAACAGUACCACGAACUCGACUGAAUCAGCGACAAGUACAUCGAGCCUCUCGAUCAAAACUGUACCCGUGACCUCUAUCGCAACAGCGACAAGCUUGAGCAGUACCCCAAUCUCUGGAACUACCACGAUUUCCACUCUGUCUAGUUACAUUCCAGUUCCUACACCUACCGAGUUCACGGUAGUAGGGCUGAGUACAACAGCCAUCAUUGAAUGCAUUGCCGUCCCUACGGGUGUGCGCCCCCAUCCACCACCCCCUGCUAAUGUUUCGUCGGCCCCCUCGGUUCCAUUCCCAACUUCUACCCCUGGAACUGUAACUUCUGCCCCCGGAACUGUAACUUCGGGCACGCUCAUUCCCUCGUCAACCUCUACUUUGAUUUAA